UUUGAAUUUUGUAUGUGUUUAUUAGUCCCAAAGUUUAAUAAAUCAGACACUGAUAGCACAGCGCUCUGUUUUGAAGUCUUUUUUUUCCAGCCAAAAAUGCAUUGCCCUGGUUAGGGGGUAUGGGCAACUGGUGGCCCGGGGGCCACAUACGCACCCUCUCUUGAAGUGGCCCUCAGUAGGCUACAACUACAUGCAUUUGAACAUGAAAUCUUAAAAGUGCAGUGUAAGAAUACACAAAAUUACUCCUUGCAAUUAAUGUUGGUCUGCUGUUAUUGCACUGAAACAGAAAUCACAGUAAGUGGUUCUUUUUUAUUUGCUUCAAACCUUUUGUAUUCCUAUUUAUACUGUUAUACAUGCAUUUGAGCAUGAAAUAUGUUAAGUUACUGCACUCUAAACAUAUUUAAAAUUGCAGUUUCAUCAUAUCUGGUUAAGUACACGGUCCUAUAUGUGGCCCUGUGGUAGUGUCGAUGAAAAAUUGUGGCCCUCUCCAGCAUUUAAGUUGCCCAUCCCUGGUAUAGCCAUAACAUUAGAACACAAUUGUCCUGGUUGUUUGGUAGGCUAUAUUGUCGUGUAAAGUCGUUUCCCUCCCGGACAUGUUAAAAAUAAUGUCUCCUUUGUUAUUCAGGACUUUUGGCCCGACCCGCUUACUGUACACCCUGAUGUGGCUUCUGGGAUAGCAGUCUUGCAGAAAUGUAGAGACAUGGAGGUAAAUGCAGAGAAGGACUUCAACCCCCACAAAACAAAGCGCGGAGGGCUCUUGUCGUAACCUCUGUUGUGUUCAUGAGCAUUCACUGGCGUUUUCCCAAAAACGCUGAUCUGACAACCUAGUGGAUCAGCGUUAGAUGGGCUCCACGAGUUUAUAGAUUAGUGAUUUUUAUUCAGGUCAUCCUCGCAGCACAGUGCUGAUACUCACAAGCGGACACUGCUCCCAAUGUUUACUUCUCCGGCAUGUCUCCUUCAGACAGGAAAAGUAAUGCUGGGCUUUAUUGAAGAUUGAAGUUUUGUGAUAAGUCGAUUGGAAAGCCACUAUGAUUUUAAAAUAUAUCUUCAAAUUCCUUUGCGGGUAAUGUAGGCUAUACCAGCUAACAGCAGUUAGGACAGCCUCCUCUAUCUGGCACCGAGCUGUUGUCGACUAUUGCAGAUCCUCUCCGGCUCCAUGAUGGCGAUGUUUCGGAGCUUUGUGUCGGCGAGCACCCAGCUCCGCCAGCAGCAGCAGCCGCCCAGCAGCGGCUCCGACUCGCCGGCCGCCCCGGCUGAGGGCAUCGAGAGCCAGUUCUCCUGCCCCAUCUGCCUGGAGGUCUACCACAAACCCGUCAGCAUCGCCAGCUGUGCUCAUACGUUCUGUGGAGAGUGUCUGCAACCAUGUCUUCAGGUGACCUCGCCCCUCUGCCCUCUCUGUCGUGUGCCCUUUGACCCGAAGAAAGUGGAGCGCUCCUCAAGCGUGGAGAAGCAGCUGGCCUCAUACAAAGCACCCUGCAGGGGCUGUAACAAGAAGGUGGCUCUGGUAAAGAUGAGGUCCCAUAUUGCUUCAUGUUCUAAAGUACAGGAGCAGAUAGCCAACUGUCCUAAGUUUGUCCCUGUGGUGCCCACCUCCCAACCUAUACCAAGCAAUAUUCCAAACCGAUCCACAUUUGUGUGUCCAUUCUGUGGGGCUAGAAACCUGGACCAGCAGGAGCUGGUGAAGCACUGUAUGGACAACCACCGUAAUGACCCUAAUAAAGUGGUGUGUCCAGUGUGUUCAGCCAUGCCAUGGGGAGACCCCAGCUAUAAGAGUUCCAACUUCCUCCAGCAUCUCCUCCACAGACACAAGUUCUCUUAUGACACAUUUGUUGACUACAGCAUUGAUGAAGAAGCAGCACUGCAGGCAGCUCUGGCACUGUCACUGGCUGAAAACUGACAAAACUCACCACAAGCAUCCUCUGACCGUUAGCACCAACUCUCCUAUGACUGUUGUCCCUCUCGUCGCUCAGCACUGCUAAGGGGAAGGUAUCAUCCAGCCAGCAGAUACACCUGUCCCUGCCAGGUGCACACAGUCUGGACAGAGAUCCACGUCACAGAGAAGUCCAGUCCGCUUCUGAUUUGGUGAUAACCUCACUUCUUUUUCACUUUUUUUCCUGGUGUAAUGGGAACGUCAGUUUGCUGCACUCCAAAACAAGAGCAGUUUGGAUUUAUCUUCACUGCUUUUGAUUUGAUUUGAUUAUUUGAAGCAAAACACAUUGUAUGGGUUUGGAACGUAUCGGUGACUGUGUUAGGAUAAGCUAUGUAAAAAUACCAAAACACAGCUUGGAAACAGUCCGUCCACUCACAGCUUCAGUUCACCUGACAGCUGCCAUCUGGACCACCAAAGCACGAAGGGCUACCUCCAUGGAAGAAUGUCCUGUGAUUGAGUGUGGGACAUCCUGAAGCCUUGCUGUUCACUUGCUAGGAAGUCCUGAUUGCUGGUACUCACUGUGAGUAACUUAUCCUACAGAUUGGUCUGCAGUGAUCAGUUUUGAUGAGUUAACAUAGAGUAACUAGCACAUAAAAGCUAAUUGGGAAGUAUUUUGCAAGGUAAAUGGAAAAGAUUGAAAGUAUAAAACACAUGAAUCAAUAGCUUCUCUGUUCAUCUCCAAAAAUUGAUGCAACUGCUUCAGAGUUGGUGUAUCGUAUUUUGCACUUGCCAGACAGAAGGAAAUUAUAUGAAUAAGAAACCACACACACAACAGAAGACUACAUCCUAUUGCUCUGUAGAAAGCUCCUAUAAGUGUGGCUGCAUGGGAACACCUGCAGUGGUUCUCUCUAUGACAUGUUGCGAUGGCCAUGGUCAGUAGGUCAGAGGUGAGGGUCAUCAUGCAUGGAGAGGUAGAAAUUGCAUGGAUUUCCAUGUAGCAUGCUCCGCCCAUUAUCCGGCCUUCUAGUUUCACUGCGGUGACCUGGGUGUUAGUCCUGCUCCAUAAGAUCACACUUGAUGUCUUAGUGUUUCAACUGCCAAAAAAGUUCUGUUAUUUAGACUGACAGUUGUUCAUGGAAUAAACAGAGAAAAAUCUCAUGAAUACAUUUUUGAGUAGCUACAACAGAAUGCAUGUUACUAUAUGGCGAAUAGAUAAAGUCAUGAGGUAUACAUACAGACAGAAAGAUCAUAACAGUUCUUUGAAAUACUCAAAUAAAAAUGUGAUGUUAGUCCAAAGUAAGCUCACUGUUUAGUUACUAUACCCUAUCAUAUAUGUUCAAAGGGAGUAGCAAUAUAUUAUACAGGGCUUUUAGUUCCUAUAAGCUGGGGAUUUUAUAUUUAAGUGUAUUUUAUCUUUUUUUAUUUUAUUGUUUUGUAUGCACACAAAAUGGAACUUUGUUAAAUAAAGCACAGGAAAAACUGACCACAUUUUUAAGAUGAUGGACUGAGAUGACUUGUCAGAUUUCUGUCAGCAGCUGGAGGUAUGACUUUGUCAGAAGGCUGAUGGAUUUCAGUGGUAAACUGAAAUGUUCAACUGUGAUGAGGUCCAUGAUAUCAGUACCUGAGAUAGCUGGAAGAGGGACAUCUGACCCAGCUCACUUUUUUGAAUGAGCUCCACCUUUUGAAUUUUAGCUGCACCACACCACUGUGAAACUAAAGGCCUCUGUCCCUCAGCUGUCUCUCACCUGCUUGCUCUCUCCCUCUUCAAAACAACUCACAUUUGAUGUUUGCUUCUGCGUUAAACAAAACCAUCCCAAGACAAAGUCAGUUGCAAAAAGCAUCAGCAUUAAACCCAUAAUCAUUUAGAGCAGUCUUAGAUUUAGGGUACACAUUGGUGUCGUGGUUAGCACUUUAGCCUCACAUCUAGAGGGUCACGUGCUACAGCCAACACGUUGAACCCAGACAUGCACAACUCUUCGUCUGUCGGCUCACUCACAAAAUACAGUGAGGCUGGCAGUGAGCGACUAUUGUCUGCUGAUGGCAGGAUUUAAGAGUUGCUAAUAUAAAAUCUUCUCCACAGGGGGUAGCACUGCACCAUGAUCUGUUCUUUCCCCACUAAUCCUUUCCUGUAGCAGUUGUUGUCAGGAGCUGAAAAUAUGUUAAAAAAAUAUGACUGUCAGUCCCAGCUGCCCUGAAGACAAUAUGAGAGGCCGAAAGAGAUGACAUUUCAGAGCUUUAUGUGUGGCUUGAAUUUGUCAUCUUCUGGAUGGUUCACAAUGCUAAUCCCAUCAUGAAAUACAUAUGUUAACGUUUACAAUAAAAUACAUUAGCACCUGAUUCACGUCAAGUCAGACAGCUUCUAUUUUAUACCGCUUUGAAUAUUUGCACGUCAACAUUAUUUUCUAUUACACUGAUUUGUAGAUAUUUGAAGAAACCCCCAGAAAGGAAAGAAGUGAUGGAGGGAAGUCAAACCUGAUUUUACCGCUAUCUGUUUCUUCAAACCAUGCUUCAAGGAAUAUUUUUAUGAUCCAUUGGCCAAGAUGGAUCAGUAUAAAUAUAUAUAUAUAUAUUUUUGGGAAACAAACACACACACACACACACACGAGAUGUGCAGGGACAAUAGGACUGGUUAACACUGAUGUUUGCUGUAGUCUAACCAACAGGUGGCAGUCUUUCUCCAGAAAUGCAAAGAGAGCCACACUGAAACCAACACAAGUAAACAAAAAAAGUCAUGUUUUUAUGGAGGCAAUUUGUGGAGAAAAUAGACAAGAGAACUUGGGUAAUGUUUCCUCAGAGGGAUGCGAUCAUCAUUUGCACUUUAAUUCAUUCAGUUUUUUAAUAGUAGUUGGAAAUGUAUUUGUACAUAAUCUUAGAUUGCUAAAUCAUUUUGCAAUUAACACCUUGUAAAUUGUAAUAGUGAGUACACUGCAAAAAAAGCCAACUUGUAUUUUUUGCCAAAAACAGUGAUUUAAGUUGGUAAAACUUGGAAAUAUAAAUUAUUGACAUUUAGGGCAAUAAUGUAAAUUAGCACAACAAAGGAAGCCAGUUGUCUGCUCAAAAACAAGUUUGUGAGUUGUUGUUACUUAUAUCUUUAAGUUGGGGUUCACAACAAGGGACAAUAGUUCUGCUAACUCUUAUUUCUUUGUUGUGAAAUGCGGGAAAGCAGUGAAAUUCGGUCAUUAGCGAAAGCUAGCGGCUAACUGAUGCUAGCGGCUAACUGAUGCUAGGGGCGCUGCUUGUUACAGCUACAAGAGUAGCCAUUAGCAUAUCAAUGCUAACUCAAAAUUGUGGUUGCAACAUUAGCUGACAUUUCAUAGCGGCGUUACAAUCGUGCCAAUUCAGCACAUUGCAGAAGUUAGCAGAAGUAAGGAUUAAAUGUUAUUACAAUGUAAAAUUAUAAAUUCAAAAAAAUCUGAAUUCAGAGUUGAGCAAACUCAAAAAUGAAAAUAUUUAGUUUAAUUGUCCAACUUAAAAUUUUAUUGAAGUUUGUUGCCUUGAAAUUUUGAGUUCACCCAACUUUUCUUUUUUUUCAGUGUGGGGAUUGAAAUUCUUUGAUAGAAAAUCUACCAGCAGUUUUGUUUGUGUGACAAAACAUGCAAACAUGAACUUUUUUUAAAUGGCCAGCAUGUGGGAUUUUUUUUCUUCCAAUAAUGUUUCUGUGGUCCAAUCAUCUGCUGUUUUUGCAACAACAGAUCUGACAUGCACCCACUAUACAAACAGGACUAAGGACAUGUAAGGAUAAAGAUAAAGGUGGAAAUGAUGCCCAGGUUUAUUCACACGAUGAGCUGAUAAGGCUGUGUUUGUUUGCCAUGUUUGUUUGGCUUCCUGGCAAAUGGAGGUCAGCGCUACACACAGGUCUGUAUGUGACUGAGUGAGUUAGUGGACCACUUUCUUCAAGGGCGAGGCUGCUUGUUUUAUGUCCUCUUCUACGUCCACAGCGAACACCCAUUUUCUACAAGCAUGCCCUUUGUCAACUAUGUCUGCAGGGUGCGCCUGUUCUCAAACAAACAUGUUGUCAUUGGCUUCAUAACAGUGCUUUAAUUUCACUAUUUUAAUUUAACUCAAAGGUAAUCAAAAGGCCCAAGCACUGAGUGGUGCAGAGCAAUAUUGUUCUGGGAGCCAUUAACUAUUCCUGUAACACGUUCCUCACAAAAUCACAUGGACCAAACUAAACGUAGUUAACCAUAUACUAGGUUUUGACCUGGUUUGUGAAGUGCCAUGCCAGCCAUAUCAGAGCUUAUAGUCAAGUCAAUUUUAUUUAUCCGUCCCAUUAUCAAAAAUCACAAAUUUGUCUCCAGGGGCUUUACAAUCUGUACAGCAUACAUCACCUUCAGUCCUGAGAUCUUCUUCUUGAUAUUUGACGGCAAAAAAUGGAAGCAGCCUCAGGAAGAGCAACGGAGGAGGCAUUGUUUUACCUGGAUGGACAGACAGGAAAUAAAUGUGUGCAGAAAAACAAUGAAUGGCAAAAAUUAUAAAGAGAAUGUACACAUACAUGUACGAAUUUCCCAGUUGUAUUUAACUUUGGAUGAUGAUGUUAUUGCUAAUCUGAAACUGGUUAUUAUAAUAAAGGUGUGUUCAGACUGAACAUGAAGCUGAU